AUGAGCAUAUUCCUGAACGGCUCAACACAUUCGCCGGAUAAAAAGUUUCCUGACGUCGCGGCAGAUACGGUGAAUCUAAAUAAAUUUUUUUACAUUAUAUUGAAAAAAAAGAAAAAAGAAAAAAAACAAGUAACAAACGAGAAGUUGUGUAGGAUAGCAAACGUUAUGAAAUUAUAAACCACUUUUAAAUCAUGAGAUUUUUUAUAUUGCGCUCUGGGAGAAUUUCCUCUCAAGUUUCGUUUAUUUCUUUCCCAGAUUUCUCUUUAAUCGAAAAAAAACAUUGUUUUCUGAUAACACUCUCACAAACACUCUCAACAUCGAAAAAAUGAAGAAAAUUUCUGUUCAGGACUUUGCGACGAGUCUGCCGUUCAAAGCGACGUCUGACCGCAAAAGUUCGGCGUCUUCCUAUAGCAUUUCGAACAUUCUGGACAAGAAGGAGAAUAGUCCCGGUGCGAGGUACGUUUUCCGAGUUUGGAACUUUCGUUUCAGACUAAGUGUCGAGCUGAAAAUUUAUAUUAAUCGCCUUCGAGCUGUUUAAAAAAUAGAAAUUUGUGUAGGCUGUGACUAUUAAAAAGUUUUCGUGGAAGCUUUUAAAAAAUUUAAAGUUUAUUAUGGUAUUUUGUUGUAGAUGUGAAUUAGCUGCUAAUCGAAUCCGAAGAAUAAACUUAAGCCAAAACGUUAUAAGCUCAAGUUUCGAGUGAAGAUCUUACCGAAAUUCAAAGUUGAACUCUCAAAAUGGGACUUUUCAGCAGCAGCUCUUCCGCAGCGAGCGAAGAAGACAACGACGUCGGCUCUCCUCGAUGUGAGUCUGUCGACGAACACAACAGGUGCCCUUUCCAUAUCAUUCACUCUGGCCAGUUUAUUUCGAUGAGCAUGAAAGUCUGAAGAACGUGUCUUUUUGCAGAAAACGCUUUCAAAACUCCUCUAAGGCUUCAUAGGAAAAUUUAAUAUUUGAUUUUUGAUUAUGUCGAAGCCAUUUUCGGUACGUUUCAGCGGGUCGGAUGCUGUCUCGAACUUCUGCUCGCAGUUCAUUUUCCCUCCAACGGUGACGUCACCGUCGUCGGUUGAGUCUUCUGCAGCCACGCCGACGACGUCGAAUCCCUUGGCAGCCAUGAUGGCCGGUGGACUUGACCCUCAAAUUCAGGUGUGACUUUCCGUCCUUAGAAAACAACGAGUUCAAAUAUAAUUUCUUAUUGUUUUCAGUUUUUUUUAACGGUAGACUAGUCAAUCUCGCAAAAAAAGUUUUGAAUAUAAUAUUCAACUCAAUGCAUUUCUCUUUCCUCACCCGAUUCGCCUAGAUCGCAUGUAGAACUGCUUGAUGCGUAACGGAUGCGAAGCGGCAUUAUCGAGAUUGACCCGACCUAGUACUACUUGCGCGCGUUGGCGCAAAAAAGUAGAGCGAAAUCUAGUUUGGCUAUACGUUCUAUUCAAAUGCGGCCGCGACUCUUCAAGCCUAACGACGUGUAAACACAGAGUUGUCGAAGUGAAUAAUAUAGUUUUAAGAAAAUCAUUUUUUUUUACAAAAAAAAAAUUAAAUUCUCCUAAUUUAUUCAGUCUCCUAUUUUUGAGAUAGAGGGCUCUGACAAGAAAAGUCAUUUUACUUUUUUUGCGGUUAGGAAUUUCCUAGAAGUUGAUCAGAUCUCACCUUGAUGUACCAGAUGAAAAUUCUGAAAGUCUCAACCUGCAAAAAUCUCUAGUUUUCGAGAAAGAACACAGCAAAGUCAAAGAAAACAUUCAAAUUCAAUCAAAAUAGGCCUUAUUACUCAAAAACUAGAAAGUUGCGCAGGUUGAUACUUUCAAGUCUUCAGUUUAGUACUUCAAAGGAUAUGCUGACAAGUUUUCAAAAUGUUCCCAACCACAAAGUGCAAUGACCUCCCUUGUGAAGAAAGUGAGAUGAGAAAGAGCGCUAGAUUCAUAUCUCCGGCUCUAUCAGCUGUACGACUUUCGAAAUAUCGAGUAAUUGAAGUUUUGGUUCCGUUCAACGACCAAUUAUCAUGUGGGUGCUCCAAGCUCGUGCACAACCGAGGUCCAUGAUUAUCUACGUGGCUCGUAUUGCUUAUAUAACCGCCUCAUUACUGCGCCAUUGAGCCCCGACUCGAGUUACGUACUCACAAAUUACCCCCUUAUUGGACAGAUCAUAAUAUUGCCCACAAAUAUAAUGUCAAUGCGUUAGAGCUCGUGAUAACGGCGAUUUGAAGCGAAAUUCGAUGAAAGCAACCAAAAAUAGAAGGAGAACAGAGGGACAUUUUCAGAACUACAUUUUGCUCAUGUCGCAACACAUCAACAAUGCCGCCCUCAACCGAGUCGCACAAGAGAAUGGUGAGUCUUUUUUGAAAUUGAUUUCUUUGAGAAUAUGAGCGAAGAAAAAAUGCAUUUGAAAAAUUCCGUGAAUUAGAAUAAUUAAGGAUCAAUUUCGCUUUUUUUUUAAAACUUUUUUUAAAUUGUUUCAGACAUGAACAACAGAAUCAAAAAAAUGAUUCCGAAGUAAGGUAAAUUUCUAAACUUUGAAGUUUGGAAUAAAAAAAGAAGGAAAAAAAUAAUGACGAAUUAAAAAAAGAUGAAAGUGUUUGUGUUUAUUUGGCGUUUCGGAACCACCGUCAAGUCCUGUUUUGGUACUUUUUAAAUAGGUAAAAAGUUUAUGAUUGGGAGAAAAUCUGGAACAAAAAAGUUUUUUUGACGGUGCAUAUUUAUUGGGUUCACUAAUCUUCAAGAUUGCCGCAUUUGUUUUAAAUUUUUCUCAGAUUUUCAUGUCGCACUUAAGUUAAUUUUUUUUUAAAGCGCAGAAAUAUUAUGAGUUUGUAUAUAUGGCUAAAACAAGUUGAAAGAAAUCAGUUUUGAGAGCUUUCUUAAUGGUUUUACAUCCUUCUUUUUCGAAGAAAGUUGAAAUUUUGGUUACGAAACGUCGCCGAAGCUUGCGUCAAUUAGUCAACAAUGCCGUUGGCCCGUAAUAAUCACGCAGCUGUUCGCAUAUCCUAAUACUGUAUUCACGACUUUUGCCCGACGCGCUUGCAUAAUCGCGUUCCUGUCAGCCGACCUCAUCACAUUAUACAUAUAGCAAUUAAUCGCUUCGUCUUUUGGUCUCAUUAAUCGUAAAGAAAAAUUGAUAAAAGAAAUCAACAGUCCCUUUUUCUUUCUUUUAUUUAUCUCUAAUGUUUUUCGGUGUUUUUUUUUAUUCAAAAUGAUGUGCGAGUUGACUGAAAUUACGAAAAAAAAAUAAUGCUUUUUAUUCUCAUUCUUUUUCAGGUAUACAAAGCUCUACAUAGGCUCCAGUAACUUGAUAGUAAAAAAUGAUAGUUUUGCGAGUUUUUUUUACAAGUGAACUCAUCUAUUUAACUCUGUUAGUAAGAACGUUUUGAAAGUAGUCUUGAGACCUCUUUGUUACUAAAAACCGAUAUUUUAUAGCUCUAGUUUCUUUCUCAAUGUUCAAACUGUCGACAAAACUGAAAAUGCGGGCAGGUUCAGACCGAUACUUUUCGAAUACAUCAAAGUUUUGGAUUUUUUUUUAUUCACACAAUAAGUCCUAUCUAGUCUCAUCAGCUAUUUUGCUUAUUUGAUUCUAAUACGAUUCCUAGAAACCAUAUUAACACGAUAGUGAAUGGUGGAGGGUUACUGUAUGCAAAGACAAUAAGUGCAAUUGAGCGAGAUUGAUUGGUCGUGCGUCGCGUCGAUGGGGCGCGACAGACCUCCCAAAAAAGUAUAUCGGAGGAAGCAACAGGAAGUCCAAUCUUCCCUGCUUUUUUUCUUGCUGAAAUUCGUUCCGCAAGCGACCUUCGCGUUCAUUAAAUGAGACAAAUCGAGCGUAAUAUACGGAUGUGUACAAAACUUAUGGCGCCACUCAAAACCUACAAAUUACAUCAAAAUCCAAGGACAUUUUCGGCGUUUUUUCGUUUCUCAAAUCGAGCCGAUAACCAAUGAUGGGUUUGACGGAAAUUGGGAGAUUUGUUGUAAAAAGUUAUUUGCUGGUCAAACAAAUAACCAAAAAGCUUUUCUCACAUUAGUUUCUUUCUUGUCGCUUAAAUUAAACCAAUCUCACAAAUCGGAAUUUUUUCGAGGGCAGACGGUUUUUUUUUCACGGCAUUAGAAACUCGCCUAACUUUUCUCACUUCUAUUCCGAAAUUUCACUGAGCGAUUCGGAGGAGCAUCUGCUCGUCGCUUUAUUGUCUCUCGCCGAAAUCGCAACAUUUCGAGUAAAUUUUCACGCGGCGCUUAAUGGGCCUACGGUAGGAAGAGCACACGUGUGUCCUCUGCACAUAAAAUGGCGAUUUUUGCGCCGACAAUUGGGGCCAUUUGGCCUCAAUUCAGCUCGCAACACAUUUUGUGUGUGUGAGCAAAAUGCGUCUUAUCGAAGUGAAAUCCAAUUUCAAGACAAUUUUCGCUGAAUCCUUUUGAGGAUCGAGCGACUCUUUGAAAUUUGAUUUCGCGCCAUUCAUAACACGGACGAUAAGCUGGUGAAGAGCUUUUAGCGCCUCAUUCUGAUUUCGUUACCUUGUUCAAUCGGGCUUUUUGAUCAAGGAGAAGUCAUUCUGAAAGAAGUACGGCAAAAGGGAUCCUAACGGAAGAAGGACUGAAAAGGUAGAACAAAAAGUUACCGGUUGUUCUAAUCAGUUCAAAAAGAUAAACAUGGUCAAAUUGAGAAAGAAAUGAAAUGAAUGAAAAUGAAAUUCUUCACGAGGAUUUGAAAAUUGAUCUGUUUUUUCCAGUUAUUAAUUGAUGAAAUCUGGGCUGCAACAGUUCCACUUAGAACUUCAAAUGAAAAAUAGCGUCUUCCAGUGUCUCGAGCGAUGAACCCCUUCGGACUGCUGUCCUCCUUGCCGACGUCGCUGCCGUCGUUGUCCCCCCUGGCACGGCUUUCUCAUCCUCUGCAGAUGUCGCCGAACUCGUUGACGCUCCAGAAAAAGCAAAGCCGACCGACCUUCACUGGCCACCAGGUGAAUAGACUAAUCGUCGUAAAUGGGCAUAAAUAGAAAAAUAGAAAUAUCUGUUUUUUUGAUUAAAGGGUGAAAGGUAUUGAUAAGUUUUUUUCAGAUUUACCAACUGGAAAGGAAGUUUGAACAAACGAAGUAUUUGGCCGGGGCCGACCGCGCUCAACUCGCCCAAGAGCUCAACAUGAGCGAAAGCCAAGUAAAGGUGAAUCUUUCAGAACACCCAGUGACAGCGGAAUGUUAAUCAGAAAUUAAGGAAGUGAACAUUUCAAAAACAUCAUAGGAGGGGCCAAAUAUCACAAGAUUGGGAUUUCAGUUUGAAGUUUGGAAUCUUCUAUGAAUCCGCUCAAAAAAGUUCCAAAGCUUUGAAGGAAGAACUUCACAGUCAUCUCCAGCAGAAAGUUUUAGUUUUGUAGAUUCUCGAAAUCUCCCAUUUUAACAGGGGGUAAUAGAUGAGCGGUUACGAAAAUUCAAGUUUGUUUUUCAAUCUCCAAAUUCUAAAAUUUCACUAAAAAGACCGUUUGCGUGUACCGAGAAAAAACAAAAACAUUAUUGAGAGAAAAACACGACCAAAAUCCAGUAGAUUAGAUCGAAAAAAACCAAAAUUGAAAAAUAAGAUUUGUUGAACAUAAUUUUUUUAUAUCACUAUAAGGAGGCCUAAAAAAUUCGAAUUUUUCCAAAUUAGCUUGCUCUUUUUUCAUGUUGCGGGACUUUUACGCCAGUUUCUUGUUUUUUUGUUCGUUCUUUUUUCGAAGAUUUAUUUUUAUCCUUGAACUGUAAGACUUUUGAGAAACAAUAUUUUUGAUGUUCUGCAAGUUAUGCCAAUUUUUACCAACCUUUCCACCUAAUUGCUUCAUUUUUCAGGUGUGGUUCCAAAACCGCCGGACCAAGUGGCGGAAGAAAGAAGCGGCGGACAACGCCCUGGGCAAGAGACACGACGCCAAGUCGCCUCUUUCCCCGUUCCUGUGA